AUGAAGCUGGCGACAGGCAGCGAAGUGGGCGACAGGCAGCGAACGAAGCAGGCGACAGGCAGCGAAGGAAGCAGGCGGCAGGCAGCGAACAAAGCAGGCAACAGGCAGCGAAUGAAGCAGGCGACAGGCAGCGAACAAAAGCAGGCGACAGGCAGCGAACAAAGCAGGCGGCAGGCAGCGAAGCGGGUGACAGGCAGCAAAGCAGGCGACAGGCAGCAAACAAAGCAGGCGACAGGCAGCAAAGCAGGCGACAGGCAGCGAAGCGGGCGACAGGCAGCGAACAAAGCAGGCGACAGGCAGCAAACGAAGCAGGCGACAGGCAGCGAAGCGGGUGACAGGCAGCAAAGCAGGCGACAGGCAGCGAAGCGGGCGACAGGCAGUGAACAAAGCAGGCGACAGGCAGUGAAGCAGGUGACAGGCAGCAAAGCAGGCGACAGGCAGCGAAGCGGCCGACAGGCAGUGAACAAAGCAGGCGACAGGCAGCAAACAAAGCAGGCGACAGGCAGCGAAGCGGGCGACAGGCAGUGA